GUCACACCUACAAUAUACUUCCGCUUUUGGUUUGGCUGCUGUCAACGAAACGAGAAACUACAGCACAAACUGUAGCCUAAAUCACUUCAUCCAAACAGACGGUUGACAAUACUCCACAGGUAUCCGUGAUUAGUUGCUUACAUUAGUUAACGCCAAAAGCUCCAAGCCACCUGAUCCAAACCAUAGAAACAUGACUGAUGAAGAUGAUGACCUUGACCUUUUAGAUGAGAGAACAGAGGCAUUAUGGGAUUCCAAAAUUCUUUCCUUGAUUGCUCAGUCAUCACAGAAAAAAGUUGAGCUAGAAGACAGUGGACCAUCAUCAUAUGAUGAGGACGAGGAACAAUCAAGUACUAGAUCUAGACUAGAGAAUGACAAACCUACACAUGACAGUGUAGAUCAGGAAAAUUCAGAGACAGACAACUUGCUUUCUUCUGAUCAGACAGAAGCAAAUACUGCAUCUACCUCAAACAAACGGUCAAAGUGGAGCCCUAGUGACUUGUAUAACAUCGGGUUAGGACCAAAACAUGACAUACUGACCACAUGUGUCUCUCCAAGUCAAAGUGCACAGAAGCAAUUAUCACAAUCAAAGCAAUGUACCAGCAAUGCUGUUGUCCCAGAAAGUCUUCCACCUUUUGUGCCUAAAGUGAUUUUUUUGGAUGAAAAAGAUGAAGAACUAGAGGAUUAUGUUGACAGUGAUUCAUCAGGUGCAGAAGAAAUACAAAGUUCACCUGUGAAGAAAUCUGUUCCUGAUUGUAAAUUAAAGAGACCAUAUGAUAAAUAUGAGGUUAGUGAUGACGAUUUGACCAGCAGUAGUCCCAUAGUGUGUAGUUCCCCUAGUCCAGACCGACCCAAGAUUAAAGCAAGGAGGAAAUUCAAUGCAAACAGUCCAAUAGUCAUCAGUGACAUAAGUGAGGACAAUGCUUCUCCACAAGUAAACAAAGAUCAUAAACAAACCAAAAUACAAAAUGUUUCUGUAACAGAGCCUCCUGUCAAAGUAAGUCGAAUCAAAAAUGAAUUCACUGAGAGAGAUUCAAGUUUGUGUAAGAAUCUACAAAGUAGGAGCAUUGUACAAUCUGAACCGACAAAAGGAAUGAAGUACACUGGACCUCUACCAGGAAAGGAAUCUAAACCAUCCAAAAAAGACAUUGGAUCUAGACAGGAAAAGAACCAGUCAUCAGUAGAUCAGAGUACUGCCAACGAGGAGGACAUUAACAAAGUGUGUGAAUGGUUUCCUGAUGCCUGUAGGAAGUGGAUAAAACAGAAGAUAGAAUCGUCUGUACAGCGAGGAAAUGAGAACUACCUAGACUUCCUAGUGGAUAGCAUGGUAGAUGGGAAUUAUCCGAAGUCAACUCAAACUGAUCCGGCUUCUCAACCAGGAAACAAAGAACCUGACAUUGUAGUUGCCCUUGGCAACAACAAAAUCAAAACACACUCACAAUCAGAUAGAAGAGAAAAAGAAACCAACUCAGCACCUCCCAUACGGCUUUAUGGUAAAAAAUCCAACUAUGUUGGUGGACCAAAAGGAAAAGGGAAAGCUGCUGUUCCUAAAAAGCCUGUUAGAAAUGUCCUUGAUGAAUACCAGUCUUCAGAAGACGAGAAAGACAUUUGCAUGAUAACUGCAGAAUCUAUGGACACCGUACGAGAUAAUGAAGUAUCCUCAUCGUCGCUACCCUGCGAGUCGUGUAAGAUGAGCCGAAACACAGACAUGGUGGUGCAGUGUUGUGACGGCCAUCUCAUCUGUAACUCUUGUGUGGAGAAAGAGGUGAAAGAGAUCCUGUCCCCCGAUAGUCAGGAGGCUCAGAUUAAAUGUCCAAGUGAAAACUGUAAGAGUACAGUACCAGAAAGCCAAGCCAAGAAGAUUCUGCCAAACUUGAUCCUGGAGCUGUUGGAGGAUAAGCUACAUAAACAAGCUGUAGAAUCUAUCACCAAAAUGGAGGACCUAGUAACGUGUCCAAACUGCAGUUUCCCAGUGGUCAUGGACGCUGGUAUCAAGGAAUUUGAGUGCCCAAACUGUAAAAACACGAGCUGUAGGUACUGUAAAAGACUCUGGUUGAUGACCAGUCAUGAGGACUGUAACCAGUUCACAACAUUUCUACAGGAAAACCAGGACAGUAAGGACCUGGAGCCGCCAUCAUACUGGCACCCGAUGCCUGAAGAAGGUGACAAGGACUAUGUUAUUGUUAACCUGGAGACAAGCUCUGUAGAAUUCCGCCAUAUCAAGACACUGUUCUCACACAGCAUGUCCGCCAAACAUAUCACAGCGAUCAGAAGGAUACAGAACCCUCGUCUGUGGCAGAAAUUCUGUCUAGCCAGAAAACAUAUGGUGGAAGAUUAUGGUCAAAACCAGCUCAAUGAAAAACAGCUAUUCCAUGGCACAAGCACAAAAGCUUUUGAUGCCAUCUGUAGAGAAGGUUUGGACUGGAGGAUGUGUGGGGAGAACGGAACAGCCUUCGGCCAAGGUACGUACUUUGCUAAGCGAGCUGCCUACUCAGACAGAUAUAGCCAGGUGCCUCCGAGAUUAGGUAGAACCCUUCCCCUGCCACUAGCAAAUAGCAGAACCAUUCCCCUACCACCAGCAAGUAGCAGUGCUCAGUUUGCCCAGGCCUUCAAUCUACCAUCGUCUUUCAACACUCCUCAGAGCAACAAUCCUUUCCUACAACAACAGCCAGCUACUUUUAAUAACUUCGGUUACCAACAGCCGCAGCAGCAAAGCCUUCUUAACACAACUUCACAAUCAUUCGGGCCAACCAGAAAUAACAAUGGUAUGGUGACAUUUGGUCAAUCCAGCAGCAGUGGGCAGGUGUCAUUUGCGCAAGGACAAUUUGGACCGUCAAGCGCUAGUGGGCAGGUGUCAUUUGCGCAAGGACAAUUUGGACCGUCAAGCGCUAGUGGGCAGGUGUCAUUUGCACAAGGACAAUUUGGACCGUCAAGUGCCAGUGGGCAGUCUUCAUUUGCGCAAGGACAAUUUGGACCAUCAAGUGCCAGCAAUUCUCAGGCAAUAUUUCAAGGUUACAACCAAGAUCCAACCAUGACCACACCACUUGUCAGCAGUUCAACUGAUAAAGUUGUCUUUACAAAUGUUGAGGAUACAAUCAGCUUAAGCAAGAAGUACAUGUUUGUGGCCCGCACAUUAGUCGGACGAUAUUGCCUUGGGAACACUGGAAUACGCAAGCCUCCCCCAGACCCAGAUGAUCCUAAACGGCGCCCAUUUAACUCUUGCGUUGACAAUGUACUGACACCAUCUAUAUUUGUGAUUUUUGACUCUGCCCAGUGUUAUCCGGAGUACAUAGUUGAGUAUGCCAAUUAGUGAAUGACAACUUCCAUGUAGUGUCUCUGUUAGCUCUGAUAAUCUGUGAUUUUCUAGUUUGUAGAGUGAUAAUUUGUUAAUUUAUAUCAAAGAUAUUUCAAUUUCAAAAUGUUUUAUUGUCAACACAACAAGUAUAAUAACAAGGUAUUUUUACAUAGAAUAUUAUCGAUUUGGUGUUGGCAAAAGGGAUUGGACAACAGGCUCAGCCUAUAUUAGUCCUUUUUCAAAGAGAUCAAAUGCUUUGUUUUACUUUUCUUAGAGGGAUUUUUAAGACGAGGUCUCAGUGACCUAUUCUAAUGGGCUUAUAUGUGUUGUUAUUUACUAUCGUCCCUCAUGCAUCAGUAAACAAUUUACAUUUUUGACUUUUUCUCAGAAACCCUUUAACUAAUUUCAAUGAAACCUUCAAUAUGACUAAAAGUCAACACAGUUGUGAAUUAUCUGGUCUCCAACACCCAGGGGGCUUAGGGGCAGGGCAAAAAGGGAUCAAAUUGACUUAUAUUUCAAAAAUCUUCUUCUCAGAUCCAAAUAAGGUAGACUCAAAUACUCUUUAUAGAUGAAAAUGGUCCAGGACCUAAUCAAGGUGCUAUACCAAAAAGGUGAAAUUCAUGGCCCUUUUGUCUCACAUUUUUUUCAAGGGAGGGGGUAAAUUUUACUAUAUUUUGUACAUGAUUUUUUAUCAUCACUUAUCAAAUUUCAUGGAAAAAUAACUGAAACUUAGUUAGAAUUAUAAGUAUGUGGCAGCAUUUUGAUGGUUUGAACUUAUUGAUCCAGUAUGACUCCCUGGCACCUGAGGGGCAGAACCAGACUGUGUUGAAUUUACUAUUCUACCAUGUUUGCUAUGCAAUGCCAGUUUUGAUUGGUUUAAAACCAUGUAUUAUUUUCCAAUAAUACACGCUCGUGUCAAUAAUACACGCUUGAGUCACGGCUGUUUCCAUUUUAUAUAUCUAAUAUUCACCCAUUGCUAAUACGGUUACUGUAGCCG